AAAGGAAAAAAAGUGUUUUUCAUUCGCUCAACACUCAAAAAUAGCACAAAAUCAAUGUGCGAAAAAUUCUAAAGCGCCACAUUUAGUUAGAAAUCCCGCAAGAAAGUAGAAACGAGUGCAAUAACAUGUUACAAAAAGUUGUGAAAAACGCUUAAAAAAUUUUUUUAGUACACAUUUCAACGAAAACUCCAGCCAGGCCCCGUUCGCAUCGCAGCACAAAGGUUGACAAGACUAGCAUCAUCAAUUUUGCAUGAAAUUCGUGUCGUUGUUCGAGCCGAUGUGGAAAAUUAUGCAAAAUAAUCCGGAUUUCGCAUUGUAGGAAGCACAAAAAAAUCGAUAUUUUUAGUGGAUCUGCAGAUUUAAACGACAAAACAACGCAACCAGCAUGCGGAGGUGUCUUGCGGCUUGAUAAUCUACCCGAAGCAACGACGGCGACGUCUAGUGUGUUCAGCAAAAUGGUGCGUGGUGGCUCGUACAUCCGUUCCAAAAAGGGCAAAAAGAGUCAAUGGGGUGCCCGCGAGCGUGCCGGCAUGAGUUUCCUCAUUGUCAUUGCCUUUUUCGCCGUUUUCGGGCUCAUCAUCCUGACGGAGGUGCUCAUGAUGGACGAACGGAGUCGCAAUCCGGCUGCCAAUGUGCGUCACAUCAACGUCAACAAUCGCUUCGCCGAAUCCGUGCCCGACUACGAGGAGAUCAAGGACGAUUAUUUCGACGAAACGGGCAUUUUUGUGCGCGAAGGCAACAAAAUCGGCGUCAAAGACCUUCUCAAAGAUGCCAAAGACCAGCAACAUCGCAACAACAUCAUCCACACGAACAACGUGCCAGCGGGAAACGAUCAGCAAAAUUCAGCUGCCGGCGGCGGCAGUGGCGGUGUGAAUAUGGCGAUGAUUCCGUGGGGACAAAUGCUUCCAACGAAAAUCGAAAAAAGUCUGCCGGGAUUUCCGGAUACGCGACCCACAGAUGGCUCGUGGCAGUUCGUCAACGGAACUAGAUAUAAGUUUUUUGUAUUUUCGGCGUUUUAUGAUGGGCGCGAUGGACGCAUGGUGCGCGUAAUUGGCGCCACGAAGACACGCGGGCCGGAAAAGGUGUGGUGUCGCUUGUGGUACCCCAUGGAUGCGAAUCACACGAAAUUUACGUCAGCCACAAUUAUGGCGCGCGUCAAGGUGAUACGGGAGAACUGGAAUUUGAAGUAUAGCGCAGUUUUUGUGUUGUGCCCGCUGCGAAUUGCUUAUCUAGAAGUGCCAUAUGCUGUUAGUAUUGUUAGCAAAUUGAGGUCGCCGCCGGGCAAUGUACUGCUAGUGCGGAACACCGAUUGGGAUCCGGACUUUGCCAAUAGAACCGCCCACGAGAUCCCAAAUAAAAUAGGAAUUUGUGUGAAACCUUUACAUUUUGACUAUGAUCAGGCUCUGCAUUUGUUAGAGUUCAUCGAACUAAACGCCAUCCUGGGCGUCUCACAUUUUACACUCUAUAAUCAUACAUUAGGACCAAAAGCUGCUUGUAUUCUAGAACAUUACAUGAAUGAUAGUGCAACAAUAACAAAUUUAAUCAACAACGCUUCUUUUUCCUCUUCGUCGUCUAGCGGUGGUGGUGGUAGUGGCAGUAAUGGAACUACUAAUCCUAACAGUGAUAAUAAUAUUAAUAAUAACUUUAUACAUAAUAAGAGUAGUUUAAGGCCUAAAGUGACGAUAGACCUUCUGCCAUGGAAUUUACGGAUGCGAUCGCAGAAGGAAAUCCGGACCGAGGGAUUGUUCGCGUCGCUAAAUGAUUGCUUGUACCGCAGCAUGUAUCGAUAUUCACACGUUGCACUUGUUGAUUUAGAUGAGUUUAUUAUUCCGCAUCACAACGAUACGCUAACUGAGCUAAUUAGCUGGCUCUCUAAACGAGUCAAUAAUCGCAAUACAGGGGCCUACUCCUUUCAAAAUGCCUUUUUUUAUCUACAAUUUGCCGAUGAUAGUCUAAUGUACGAGGAAAAGUCAUCGAGUCCGUCUUUGAGAGCGGCUUUGAUCACACAACGGAAAACUAGGAGACGCGCCAAACUUCAUCCACAGAAGCAACGCUCAAAAUACAUUUGCAAGCCGGAAGCCGUUGUCGAGGCCGGAAAUCAUUUUGUAUGGGAGUUUUGUCCUGGCAAGGGUUCUUUGAAUGUUCCUGCGGAUGCUGCUAUCUUACAUCAUUACAGAGUCUGCGAAUUCGGAGGCGAUGACUGCAUAAAAUCACCUUCCGUGCUCGACCGAACCGCACACAAGUACGCCAAACGCGCCAUCGACAGCAUUGGCACCGUUUAUGAUUAUCUCAAAGAUAAGUGUAAUUUGCCGGAUAUUCCGCCACCGCCAACGAAACCACAACCGCCAAGAAAGAAAGUAUUAAAAAUACGUACUACUAGUAAUAACGGAACGUCAAUCCAGGAGAUGGUGAAAAAUAGCAGAGCAACUUGAAUUAAAAACAUAAAAAAAAUUGUAGAAAAAUGCUAAAAAAAUACUAAAUAAACUUCUUUAAAAAAAUUUUACUAGUAAUGAGACAUUAGAUAAUAAAUAAAAGAUAAUCAAAAAAAA